ACGCCGAAACCGAACGAAACUCAACAGCACAGAAGAAAAGACCAGGGGAGUGGCGACUGCAUUCGUAGUGCAGUCGCAAAAGUCUUAAGUCCCCAUCUACACCUGAUUCUUCUCCAUGUCAUCAUCAUUAUCAUCAUCGUAAUCGAUUUGAUCUCCUUCUCCACAUCGAUAUAAUGAAAAACGGGAUUUUCCUUCUCAUCGUCCCUCUCUUCACUGCAAUCUUAACCUUAAUCUUGACGUUCACUUCCCAGAUAAUCAAUGGCAGAAGGAACAGAAAGCAAGCUGUUGGCUUCUUCCAUCCCUUCACAAACGAUGGUGGAGGCGGAGAGAGAGUCCUCUGGUGCGCCGUUAAAGCAAUCCAAGAGGAGAGCCGUGAUCUCGACUGUGUGAUUUACACCGGCGAUCACGAUGCCUCCCCUUAUUCCCUGACAGCUCGCGCUAUUGAUCGUUUUGGUGUCAAUUUGCUUUACCCACCUAUGGUGGUGCAUCUGUAUAAAAGGAAAUGGGUGGAAGAAAAUAGUUAUCCUCGCUUCACCAUGAUUGGUCAGAGCUUGGGUUCAAUAUAUCUUUCCUGGGAAGCUUUAUGCAAGUUUACUCCUUCGUUUUAUUUUGAUACGAGUGGAUACGCUUUCACAUAUCCACUUGCUCGGAUUUUUGGUUGCAAAGUUAUUUGUUACACUCAUUAUCCUACUAUCAGUUUAGAUAUGAUUUCUCGUGUUCGCAGUCGGAAUUCCAUGUACAACAAUGAUGCUUCAAUCGCCAGGAGUGGUUGGCUAUCACAGUGCAAAAUAAUCUACUAUACAUUCUUUAGUUGGAUGUAUGGGUUUGCUGGCUCUUGUGCACAUCUUGCAAUGGUGAACUCUUCAUGGACACAGUCUCACAUUGAAAAGCUUUGGAAAAUUCCAAAAUGUAUCAGGCGUGUCUACCCUCCUUGUGAUACAUCAGGGCUUCAGGCUCUUCCUUUGGAAAGGCCAGCAACAACUCCAAUAUUUAUAUCCGUUGCUCAAUUCCGUCCUGAGAAGGCACAUCCUCUUCAACUUGAGGCUUUUUCAGUUGCCAUUAGAAAGCUAGAUCCUGACUUGCCUAGACCUAAGCUCCAGUUUGUGGGUAGUUGUCGGCACAAGUCAGAUGAAGAAAGACUGCAGAAGUUGAAGGACAAAGCAGUUGAACUGAAGGUUGAUGGUGAUGUGCAAUUCUAUAAAAAUGUGAUGUACAGGGAAUUGAUAAGUCUCUUGGGAGGUGCCAUUGCCGGAAUGCACUCCAUGACAGAUGAACACUUUGGAAUUAGUGUUGUAGAGUAUAUGGCUGCAGGCGCCAUACCAAUUGCUCAUAAUUCUGCUGGCCCAAAGAUGGACAUUGUUUUAGAAGAAGAUGGUCAGCAAACUGGAUUUCUUGCCCAGACUGUUGAAGAGUAUGCAGAUGCCAUACUGAGAGUGUUGAGAAUGCCAGAAACUGAGAGACUCAAGAUGGCUGCAGCUGCAAGGAAACGGGCGAGCAGGUUUUCUGAGCAAAGAUUUUACGAGGAUUUCAAAGCUGCAGUUCGAUUAGUAUUAAACCAUGAUUCUAAAUGAUGGAUUAGAAAUGGAAACUAAUGUAACAUAUUUGUAACUGUACAACAGAAGAGUUUUAAUUUCUACUGCUUUGUGCCUGGCUUUUCUCCUUUCUCCCAUUUGACCAAGUUAUUUGAGGAGAUGACUCCUAUCCUUUUCUUUGGUCUAUUCUUUUUAGUUCAAAUGUAAUUGAAGAAAUUCUGUCUGUAAACAGUUUUGGCCACAAUUUCACUCAAUACUGAGUUUUCUGUUAAAAGUCAA